AAGGAAAGGUUCCAGUAAAUGGGAGCCAAGAAGCUUAUUGGAGAAGCUGCGCUGGGUGACCCUUGGUUACCAUUAUAAUUGGGAUACUAAGAAGUACUCAGCAAAACACCACACUCCUUUCCCCUCAGACCUUGCAUUCCUGUCAGAACAAGUGGCUGCAGCCUGUGGGUUCCAGGGUUUCCAAGCCCAAGCAGGGAUCUUGAAUUACUAUCAUUUUGACUCUUCACUGGGAAUUCAUGUGGAUCAGUCUGAACUAGACCAUUCUCGGCCACUUUUAUCAUUCAGCUUUGGGCAAUCCUCAAUAUUUUUGCUUGGGGGCCUGAAGAGGGAGGAAGCCCCAACAGCAAUGUUCAUGCACAGUGGAGAUAUCAUGGUGAUGUCUGGCUUCAGCCGUCUGCUGUACCAUGCUGUCCCCCGGGUCCUCCCUAACCCUGAAGGGACAGCUUUGCCUUCGUGCCUGGACCAAGCACUUUCUUCAGACCUUCCUGUUGGCUCAGUCAUUGAGCACAGCUCUGAUGAUGACUGGCAGGUCUGUGCCAAGUACUUGCAGUCUUCCCGCAUUAAUAUGACUAUUCGGCAGGUGUUGGCUGAGGGUCAGAAAUUUCCAGAGGAAUCAGAGAAAAAUGCAAAGGGCCAAGCACCCUCUGAAGACAGUCACCAUCAGGAGAACUGCAGAGCCAAGAGACAUAAACCGAAUAUAGACAGCUGA